AUGAUACAUGACCAACACAUCGCAGUAGCUAAACAAUACGAGCGUUCAGACGAUAACGUCCCUUUAAGGGCUUUCAAGAAGGCCUUGGUCGCCAAACUAAAAUACGACCCUACCAUGGAACCCAACACACUUGACAAUACCAUCGAGUGGUGCCGCCAACACAAUUUCCAAGUCGGGAAGAGACAAGGGCAUCUUUACAUACCUGAGGAGUAUUUGGCCAACCUUACACCACUUCACAUGGCAGCUGAGGAUAUGCAUAUCCAGCCAGAGGUUAUCCAUCAGCUGAUGCUCACAAUACCCCAUACAACUCGGGACGCAAAUGGAGACACGCCUUUACUAGUGGCGCUCUUCUGGUACUAUUACCAAUCGCUGGAUCAAUCAAUGUACGAGAUGCCAGAGGAAACACGCCUCCGAUGUGAUAACGAAAGGACGAUGGCGUCACUGCUCGAAGAGAUAAAGAAGCCCAUUCACCGUUCGCCUUCUGCAGCACCAGGCUUCUCGUUAGAUAUUGAUUCAAACGACGCCUAUGGGACAACAGCUCUGUAUCAAGCAUGUGAAAAAGGAAACGUGGACAUGGUAAGGCUUUUGUUGCAGGAGGGCGCGAAUGUAAAUAUCGCCUCAGCUGCAAAUGAGAUGCCAUUGAUGGCCACUUAUGUCGUAGGCAAAGGGAAAUUAAGCAGGGAAAGGCGAAUGAUUCUGAAGAUGCUAGUGAACCACGGUGCAGACACGACGCACCAAGACAGUCACGGAAAACCGGCCGUACGCACAAGACUCAAGGCAAGAAAUUACAAGGACAAAGAGAUCAAAGCAAUGCUAUCACCAGACCCAAUGGCAAGGUUUAAUAUGAACUUGGAGCAUGGAAGAAAUUCAGUCUCAACGGUUACGACGCUGAGCACAUCGAGUUCGCCCGUUGAACUGGCAGCAGACAUUCCAACAAGGUUAUACGAACUGGCCAUAGUAGAUAGUAUUCCACGUUUGACACCAGGUUCCGACCGCAGUAUACCGGCACAUGAUGCUCGGUCCAACCUUCAGCUGGCUGAGUUGGAAGGGCCGAUGCCAGGCGGGACAGUUGUAUAG